AUGACAAUCUUUUCUGCCAAUAGAGCGCAUCAAGUGUUUUUGAACUACAGGGGAGAGCAACUGCGUUACAGCUUCGUGAGCCACCUGAUUGAUGCAUUUGAAAGAAAUGAGGUAAACUUCUUCGUAGACAAAUACGAACAGAGAGGCAAAGACCUCAAAACUCUCUUUGUAAGGAUUCAAGAGUCGAGGAUCGCGCUGGCCAUCUUCUCUACCAGAUACACUGAGUCGAGCUGGUGUAUGGAUGAGUUGGUAAAGAUGAAGAAACUUGCUAAUAAAAGAAAGCUCCAUGUCAUUCCAAUCUUUUACAAAGUAAAGGAAGAAGAUGUUAGAAAACAAACGGGUGAGUUUGGUGACAACUUCUGGACGCUUGCAAAGGUUUCAAGUGGAGAUCAGAUCAAGAAAUGGAAGGAAGCAUUGGAGUCUAUCUCUGACAAGAUGGGUUUGUCGUUGGGAGACCAGAGCUCUGAAGCCGAUUUUGUCAAAGAUGUUGUUAAGGCAGUUCAGAGUGUUGUAGCAGCAUUUGAACUUGAGGACAAAGAGAAACAUUUUGGGAAAAAGAAGAGAAAGGAUUGCAAAUGUGAGCUUCCUGGUUACAAGAGAAGCAGAACCAAAAAGUUAUGA